AUGUCCGCCAAAGAUUACUACAACAGCGGGGCUCCCCAACAGCAGUAUUACCCACCUCCUGGUGGUGACCAAGGAGGGUAUUACCCGCAGCAGCCCCAGCAGGCUUAUCAGCAAGGAUAUGGUGGUGGAGGCUACGGUGGCCCCCCUCCCCAAGGAUAUGGAGGCCCAGGUUAUCAGGCCCAACCCCCUCCUCAGACGGUCAUUAUUCAGCAACAACCUGAGAAAGGCGGCGGUGCCUCCACUGGUUGUAUGGCAUGCCUAGCUGGUUGCUUGUGCUGCUGUUGCGCUGAGGAAAUCUGUGAUUGCAUCUUCUGA